AUGCCGCAAGCUGGCGCCUGUGUCCUGGCUGCUCUAAAGAGAGCCAGGGACGAUAAGGUCAAGGAGCUGAACGCCAACAUCUCGAUUGUCGAAAAGCUCGUCGACGCUAUGGUGGAUAGCCAGCUCAAAAGCCCGCUGGAGAAGUCGGAUGAUGUUCCCCCUACUUCGGCCCCUCCAAAACAACCCCAUUGGGCUGAUGUGGCUGCGACUCCUUUGCAAUCCCCUCAACGGAAGAAACAAACAACACACAGCCACCCUUCCCCGAGCGGCUCUCACGCUCGUCCGAUGGAUCGCACCGCGAGUAGGCAUGUCUUCCUUCGGAUGAACAAAACCGAGUCUGCGAACGCGUUCUGGAGUCACACCUCCUCAAUCGCCGCCAUUUGA